AUGGCUCAGGAGUUUGAGAAUGGCAAAAUCCAGCCAGGGAAGGUCGUUGUGUUCAUCAAGCCCACCUGCCCCUACUGCAGAAAGACCCAGGAGAUCCUCAGUCAACUGCCCUUCAAACAAGGGCUUCUGGAAUUUGUCGAUAUUACAGCCACCGGUGACACAAAUGAAAUAUAAGAUUAUUUGCAACAGCUCACAGGUGUGAGAACGGUACCUCGGGUUUUUAUUGGUAAAGAUUGUAUAGACGGAUGCAGUGAUCUAAUAACUAUGCAAGAGAACGGGGAACUGCUGACKMGGCUGAAGCAGAUCGGAGCUCUGAAGUAUUUACAGUGGAGCAGAUGGCCAUACCAAUGUCCUCCUACAGAGCUGGAUGGCAGCACAGAAAAUGGACAGCAUUUCCUGGUGGAUGGGAUUUUUUAG